AUGCCGAGAAAAACUAAGAACAUUCUUAAUGAUCUCUGCGGUUAUGAUACGUCCUUGGCUAAAGAUAUGGAUCGUUUGCCACACGACUGCUAUAUGAUCUUGGUUGGUCGAUUGAAGUCCAAAAAAUACUUGAAGAUGUUGAAAGGUAUGGAUCCAUCACAAGAAAACGCAUCGUCGUCAGAUGAAGACGAAGUACUGACUGAAAAUGACGAAAAUCAGAUUGAAUAUUCAACAUUGGCGACCGAACAAGUAGAGUCGUUUCUGGAGCACAUGGCAUUAUUAGGAGAUACCGAACAAGUUGAAGAUGAGCGCAAAAGUCAUCUCGUCUAUGAAGACAGUUUCAACUCUUCUCUGAUUGACAUGGUCAUUACGGGCUCCUCAUUCGAGAAACUCAAAGAAGUUUGUCGUAAAUACGAAUACCGCGAAGAAAUUAAUAUUGAUAAAGUGAUGGCUGAACAUGAAGAUCGCGUGAGAAAGUCGCAACCGUAUUUCUCCGGCAAGAAACUGCCACUCGAUGAAGCCAAAGCUUUGGCAUUUGCCCUUUCCUUUUAUACGGGUACCAGGAGUGAAUCAUUAAAUCGCGGUGCGAGUCUUAUCGCUCGUAAAGCUAAUGGACAAGUGCUUGGCGCAGAUGUAGACAAUGAAAUUAAUGAAGCAGCGAUUAUUCUUUAUUAUUUAGUAAAAGCACUUUCAUAUAUUCCUUUCUACUGGGGAUGGGUUACACGAGCUUGUCAACUUACAUUUGACGAACUACAGAUUUACAAACCUGGUAGUUUGAUUACUUGGAUCCAGUUCAGUAGCUCGACAAAAGGUAAACGAAUAGUGGACUCAGACGCUUUUAAAGGACGAAAUGUACUUUUUAAAAUUUACUCGUUAACUGGUCGACCUAUCAAAGAUUUUUCAAAUUAUCCGAAAGAAGACGAAGUUUUGUUUCUACCACACUCUACGUUUCUUGUUUUCAAUCACAAAGUAUUUUAUGGACAAGGAAAUGAAGGACAGGGAAGACACGUCUUUUACAUGCGGCAAAUCGAACUGGGUUUAUGUCAAUGGUCGGUGUUAUGGGUUGAUGACCAAAUUUUCGACGAAAAUUGGGAAAACAAAAAACACAUGGAAUAUGCAGCAGUCAAAGCACUUGAUGUAAAUGUGCACUUUAUUCCGAAAUCGUCCACUGAAAGCGCUCUGUCCUUUCUACGAUCCACGUUCGGAAAGCGUUUAAUGAAUCAAGAAACCUUCCGUAUUGUUACCGAUAUGAAUCGUAAAAAUGAAACGCCCUCUCAUAAUGCAGGGGCACGAUUUAUCAAAGCAGUACGACAGAUGGGAUUCAGAAAUAAAUGUCUGGUUUUUACCGGUGACGAAAUAAGAGCAAAACAAAUUCUCCAAUCGGAAUUGCGGUCAAAGGAACAAGAAUACGUUUUAGUAUCUGAAGAAACCAGUGACUUGCGGUCUUUUGUCAAUUUUGAUCAGAAACCGACGCAUGCACAACGAACAGACGCUGAAAAUUCAAGUAAAUCUAAGGCAUUUCAAACGUCAACUUAUCCAAAACCUAGUGACAAUUCCUAUAAAUCAACCAAUACUACUGCAGAAGUAUAUCACGGUGCAAGUGGUGGAAAAUAUCAUCAAUCUUACAUCAAUAAGAACACUGGGAUAAUGCACAAUCACUUGAAUACAGAUGUUGACAUCCUUGUCCAAAACUGUAAGAAAAAAAAUAUGACCAAUGAUCGUUACAACUGUGUCUUACUAACGACUGGCUCCUUCAAUCCUAUUCAUCCAUUACAUUUUCAAAACCUUGUACGUGUCAAAAAGUACUUUGAAAGCGAGCAUCAACCUCGAUGGAACGUCCUCGCUGGAUAUCUGUCACCAACACAUGAUUCGUAUGUGCAUGGGAAAUUGGGCGAACUUGAUUGGAUUCCUGCUAAAGACCGUUGUCGACUUUGUGAAGGAGCUAUCGAGCACGAAGGCCCAGAACUUUCAUCUUGGCUUCGAGUUUCUCGAGGUGAAAGUGAAUGGGCCGAUGGAUUUGUAGAUUUUGGCCCUGUCACUGAAAAUCUGCGAGAUUUCCUGAAUAACACACUCGUUGAUGAAGAACAUGUUCUCCGCUAUCCACUGUGUGUAGUAUAUGUCUGUGGAUUAGACCAUUUCAAUAAAUGUUCUUAUGUUGAAAACAUGACAAAACAACCUAACAUGUCUUGUGCUGUUGUUUACCGUACGGGAUACGAAGAACAGCGAAUUACCCGUUCAAUUCAAUCAUCGGAUGUCAUCUACAUUCCAUUAUCGAAAGAACGUGGUAAACUAACGGAUGUAAGCUCAACACAAAUUCGUCAACAUUUUCAAAAUCCAUCCGCCAGUAAAGCAAAUAUCAAAGCGAACAUAUAUCCAAUAGUAGACGAAUACAUGCGCAAAAAGUACAGAAGAAAAUAA